CCAUGGUAUCCACGUGUAUUCUACGAAAAGUACACCACUUGUCGACCAUGUAUACGCUAUUAGCGACAGCAUGGCUGCUGGCGGCCUCAGAAUACGCGGCGGCAAUGGCUAUCUCAACGGAUUCCGUAACAACGCCGCCAAACAUCAUCUUCAUAGUGGCUGAUGAUCUGGGCUGGAAUGACGUUAGUUUCCACGGCUCCGAUCAGAUUCCUACGCCCAACAUCGACGCCUUGGCAUACCACGGCGUCAUCCUCAACAGUCAUUACGUGCAGCCUGUGUGUACGCCUUCGAGAUCAGCUCUCAUGACUGGGAAGUACCCUAUUCGCACAGGUAUGCAGGGGCAGCCCAUUUCUCCCGCUCAGCUUCGCGCGCUGCCCGAGGGGAAGAUCCUGCCGCAGUACCUCAAGGACCUGGGCUACGUCACCAGAGCUGUGGGCAAGUGGCACCUCGGCCACCACUCAAAGAAGUACACCCCAACGUACCGUGGGUUCGACUCACACCUCGGCUACUGGAGUGGUCUGGUUGGCUACUAUGACUUCAUAAUCCAAUCUGGAAACAUGAGCGGCUACGACAUGCGCGACAACAUGCGGACGGCGUGGGAGUACUCUGGCCGCUACGUGACGGACGUGUUCACGGAGGAGGCGGAGAGGCUGAUAGCUGAGCACGACACUGGGAGGCCGCUCUUCCUCUACCUGGCGCACCUCGGCUGCCACGCCGGAGUGGCCGCCAAGUGGCUGGACGCUCCGCAGCAGGUGGUGAAUGCCUUCGGCCACGUCUCAGACCCCAACCGCCGGCUCUACGCAGCCGUGAUGUCAAAGGUGGACGAGUCGGUUGGACGUGUGGCGGCGGCGCUGCAGCAGCGCGGCAUGCUGGAGAACUCCAUCAUUGUCUUCAUUGCCGAUAAUGGCGCCCCUUCGUCAGGCCAGUACAACAACUGGGGCUCCAACUAUCCACUGAGAGGGAUUAAGAACACCCUGUGGGAAGGCGGAGUGAGAGGAGUCGCUGCCGUCUGGAGCCCGCUGCUGGACAACACGCCCAGGGUGUCCAACCAGCUGAUGCACAUCACAGACUGGCUGCCCACGCUAUACGCAGCAGCAGGAGGCAAUGCAUCUUCCCUUCCGGAGGACCUGGACGGCGUGAAUGCGUGGCCUCAGCUGGUGACUGGCUUCGGAUCUCCGCGGUCGGAACUGCUGAUCAACGUCGACGAAGUGGUUGGCAACGCCGCCAUACGACUGGACGAUUGGAAGCUCGUCAGAGGCCGGCAGAACAGCGCUUCCGACACUGGCUACCAGGGGUCGACUGGCCGGGAGGACGCUGUCUACACCCCAGUCUACACUCCAGAGCAGGUGCUGUCCAGCGCCGCGGGCCGGGCCAUCUCCAGCACGCUGGGCAACUCCACUCCAGCCGAGGUGAUGCUGAGGCUCCGCGCAGAGGCCACCGUCUCCUGUCCUGACCGCCCCCAGAAGCCGCGGUGCGCCGUCGUCAACGGCAGCGACGUUUGCGUCUUCAACGUCAGCCGCGACCCGUGCGAGGCGGGCGACGGCGCGGCCUCCGAGGAGGUGCUGUCCACGCUGCUGGAGCGCCUGGAGGCGCUGUCGCAGCCGAUUCUGCCCCAGCAGGACUCGACCACGUACCCCGGCCUGGCCGAUCCCAGGCGCUGGAACAACACCUGGGUGCCAUGGACCGACUGCCUCGUCGACGCUACGGACGAGGCCUGCAACGUUGUCGCAAACACCACAAGACUGAUCAGCGUAGUAUGA